AUGCUAUCCUUCCUCUUCUUCCUCGCCUUUCAUGUAAUUCUACUUACUGCUUGGGUCUCUGGUUACCUAGACCCAUACCAGAAACAGCUUCAAGAGCUUUUGCUGGACUAUAUGGGCGAGAGCAAGGUCUCUUACGGACUGAAAAGAAGUCUCACUGGCAAGAAACUCACCGAGGACCAGAAUCUAAGCAAGAUACAAGAUCAACUCGGCAAUCAACUGGGUGACAUGUUUGGAAAAGGAGGUCUGGGAGAGGGAUUGGGUUCUGUGUUGAGUAAGGGUCUUUGA